AUGUACAACAGUGAAGGUGGCAUCGAGCUGCCCAACAAGAUGGCGACCGGUCCCGGUGGUGCUGUCAGCUACAACAGCGAAGGCGGACUUGUUAUGCCUUACCACAUGGCUGCGGAUAGUGAUGGGGAUAUGCUCCAAAUGCCUUAUCAUAUGAACCAUGGCGGUAAUGACGGCAGUAGCAACAGUGGUGACAAGCUACGGCAGGCGCCUGGUCAGGGUGGAGUAUCUUACACGAGUGAAGGUGGUAUCGUUUUUCCCAAUAGUAUGGCGGCCCAAGCAGCAAGCAACAAUAUUGGCGUAUCUUAUACAAGCGAAGGCGGUAUUGUUUUGCCAAACAGUUUAGCUCGAGCAGCAGACAAUAACAAAGGCGGUGGGGUGUCCUACAAUAGCGAAGGUGGUAUUGUUCUACCAAGCCAUAUGGCUGCGGGCAGUGGCAGUGGUGGGAUGCUGGAUAUGCCUUAUCGUAUGACCGAUGGAGGUAGUAGCAACAUUGGAGGCGAAGGAAGCAGCGGUGGCAGUAGUAACAGUGGCAAGAUGCGGCAAGCACCCGGACAACAGAAUGAUGGUAUCUCGUAUACAAGUGAAGGUGGUAUCAUCCUACCCAACAGUAUGGCCCAGCAACAAGGAGCAAACGAUAGUCAAUAUAACCAAGGCAGCGGUACAUUUUAUGAUGCCGAGACGCGAACCGCUUCAUGUGGUAAGGUGCAUACCAACCACGACUUGGUGGUUGCUUUGAGCGCGAAGCAAAUGGGUGAAGACAGGAGCAGCAAGAACGAGAACUGCGGCAAGCAUGUCGAAGUGGUCGGACCCUCUGGUCAGCAAGUUCAAGCCGAAGUCGUUGAUUAUUGUAUGACCUGUGAUGACGAUGGUCUUGAUAUGACUCCAGCAGUGUUUGAGAAAAUAGCGGAUUUCAGUACCCAACGCACCAAUAUCAAGUGGAAAUUCGCUUCAUAA